AUGCCUUCCGUGGUGAAUAUCGCGGAAGCGGCAGAAGCGGCGAAGCGAGUCGCCGCCGCCUUUAUGGCGGCGCGCGCUUCCGGCCAGUCCGAGGAGCAAGCCGCUGCCGCCGCGUCGUCCGUAGCUAACCCGGAGCCGGUUAAAACGCCGUCUUUCGUCAUUCCCAAGAACAAAAUCUCGAUCCCAGGGCAAUCGUUGGCGAUCGUGCCUGUCGGGGGAAGCGUUACGAAAGCUGGCGAGGAGGCGGAGGAUGAUAAGCCGAGACGCCCUCGGAAGUACCGAUGGGGACCAGAUCCGCUUUUGGAUCCCGCGACGCGAAGGGGUCGCGCGCUGGCCAUUCAGACGCGUAUCGAGCAGAUCUCGUCGCAGCUGGAGCUGAACACGUUGGAAAUCGACGAGAAUGAGGCCACGCGCUCGCCGUCCCCGCCGCCGAUCUACGACAACAUGGGACAGCGCCUCAACACCCGCGACCAAAGGAAGCGCGACCAGCUUGACAUUGAAAAGCGCAAAGCAAUAGCCGAGUGUAUCAAUCUUAACCCCCACUUCAAGCCGCCGGCGGGUUAUAAGCCCGUGCUGGAGGAGGCGAAGCUCUUCGUGCCGGUCAAGCAAUACCCGGGCUACAACUUCAUCGGCCUCAUUAUAGGCCCGCGCGGCAACACGCAGAAGCGAAUGGAACAGGAAACGGGUGCUCGUAUCGUGAUUCGAGGAAAAGGCGCAACAAAAGAAGGAAAGAAGGACAAGUACCAGGAGGGAGCGAGCGAGGAUCUUCACGUUUAUAUCUGCGCGGACAAGCUCGAGAAGGUGGAUGCUGCUGUCGAUAUGAUCGAGCCGCUGCUCACGCCCAUCGACGAGUGGAGGAACAUUCACAGGCGCAAGCAGCUGAGAGAGCUCGCGCUGAUGAACGGAACCAUGAAGGACGUACAGCAGGUGUGCUUCUUGUGCGGCGAGCCGGGCCACAAGGACUUCCAGUGCCCCAAGGAGAAGCUUCAGACCUUCAAUGCCAAGGUCACAUGUGCCAUCUGCGGAGAUGGAGGCCAUCCGACCGUUGAUUGCCCCAGGAGGAGGGCUGGAGGGCCACCGGGCAAGGGCAUGGACCAGGAGUAUCAGUCCUUCCUCAAUGAAAUCAACGCCGGCAGUGGCGGACCGGACGGGAGGGGCGAUGGGAGAGGGGAUGGAAGAGGUGACGGUAGGGGAGAUGGUAGGGGGGAUGGCAGGGGGGACGGCAGGGGGGAUGGCAGGGGGGACGGCAGGGGGGAUGGCAGGGGCGACGGCAGGGGGGAUGGCAGGGGCGAUGGCAGGGGUGGUUAUGGAGAUCGGAGGGGUGGAGAUGGGUACAGGGGUGGUGGUGAUGGGUACAGAGGCGGGGACGGGUACAGGGGUGGGGAUAGUUACAGUCGUGGUGGUUACAGCGACAGCGGUUAUGGUGGUAACCGCGGGGGGCCAGGGGGAGGGGGGGGAGCGCCAGGGGGAGGUUCUUACCCCCCGGGGCGGGGUCCCCCAGGGGGUCCGCCCCCCGGGUCCUACCCCCCGCCAGGCAUGGGCGGACCUCCCCCCGACCGCCCCGCGCCCUCGUCCUUCCCCCGCCCGUUCGCCCCAGGGCAGGGUCCCACCGGGAUGCCAGGUCAGCAGCCAGGUCAGCAGGGAGGAAACGCGUACAGCUACGUGGGCAUGCCAGGUCAGCCGCCCAUUCGCCCGAGCUUGACUCCUGGUCCGCCUAUGGUCCCCCGGGGGCAAGGUCCCCCGCCUGUGGGGGGGUAUCCUGCAGGGGGGGCGGGGGGAGCGCCCCCGCCUGGGGGCCCGGGGGGAGCGCCCCCUGCCCCAGGCCCUGGGGUGUACGGUCAACAGCAGCAGCAGCCGCCACCGCCGCAGCAGCAGCUGUCUCAGUACCCGCAGCAGCCGCAGCAGCAGCAGCAGUACCCUCCUCCCCAGCAGCAGCAGGGGUACCAGCCUCAGCAGCAGCAGCCGUACGCGCCGCCACAUCAGCAGCCGGGUCAACCGAGUCAACCCGGUCAACCGCCGUCCAGCCAGCCGGCCUGGGGGGAUGAUCGCGCCAGCAAGCUGCCGAGAAUGGACGGUGGGCCGACAGACGCCCCUUCCUCCUACCCGCCGCCCCAACAGCAGCAGACAGGACAGGGAAUGCCGCCCCGGCAGCGCACGGGGAUUGGGUACCAGGCUCCUCCUCCUGGUCCGUCUGGGUACGGCCCUCCCCGCCCCGCACCUGGGUACGGACCUCCCUCUGGACCUCCCGCCGUACCUUCUACCGGACCUCCAUCCGGACCUCCCUCCGGUCCUCCCGGGCCAUCUGGACCAGCCGGGUAUGGCCCUCCUUCCGGACCUUCUUCCGGACCUCCCUCAGGACCUCCAGGCCCAUCUGGUCCGGGGUAUGGGGCACCACCGCCAGGCCCGUCCACUGGGCAGAGCUAUGGGGGCGCACAGGGGCAGGGGUAUGGUUCCGCGCAGGGGUCUAGUGCGGUGCAGGGGUAUGGGCAGGGGCCGGCGCAGGGGUCCGCGCAGGGGCAGGGGUAUGGGUCCGCUCAGGGGCAGGGAUAUGCGCCUAGCUCAGCUUAUGCCCCCCCUUCUUCCGCUGGUCAGCAGUAUCCGCCGCAGCAGCAGUCUCCCCAGCAGCAGCAGCAGCAGCAGCAGCAGCAGCAGUAUGGGAUGGCACAAGCAGGAGGAGCAGCGCCCGCUCCCCCCGCCUUCCCCCCUCCGCCGCAGCCCAGCUCCCCCCCGCCCCCGCCUCCGCCUCCGCCCAGCAGCGGGGACUCCCCUCCUCCGCCCCCGCCCACAGACCAGCCCGCGCCCCCGCCCAUGCCCCCUACUGCGGGCGCCUAUGGUGCUCCGUCGUGGCAGCAGCAGCAGCAGCAGCAGCAGGCGCCUCAGCAGCAGCAGCAGCAGGGUGGCGGGUUUUAUCAACCCCAGCAGCAGCAGCCCCAGGCAGGCGGGUUUGCACCAGGAGGAGCAGCAGCAGGGGGAGCAGGAGCAGGAGGGGCAGGAGGUGGAGGGCCGGGUGCAACUGGGCCUGGGAUGGGGGGACCAAUGGGGGGAGGGAUGGGCGGACCAAUGGGGGGAGGCAUGGGCUAUGGCCCCCCCAGGGGCCCGCCUACGGGGCAGCCGCCUUUCACCCCUCCCGCUGGCGCUCCCCCUCCCUACAUGCCCGGCCGCCCCCCUAUGCCAGGUAGCGGUUUUGGUGGUAACCAGUUCGCACCUCCCCCUCAGUGGGGGCCUGGUCCCCCCCAGGGGUUCGGGGGACCUGGUGCUCCCCGCCCUGCCUGGGGACCCGGGGGAAUGGGGGGACCAGGGGGGAUGGGGGGACCCGGGGGAAUGGGGGGACCUAGGGGGCCCGGGGGAGCUCCCCCUUCCCCCUUUGGCCCUGUUGGCGCUCCUGGGUAUGGGCUAGGGGGUCCGCCUCCCCCUUUCCCUGGGGCUAUGGGGGCGCCCAGGUUCCCUGGUCCGGGUGGUUACCAGCCGGGAGGGCCGGGUUUCGGGGGUGCCAGGCCUCCUGCCCCGCCUGCGGCUGGAGGGGGACAGGGAGAGGCAGAAGAUGCAGAGUAUGAGAAGCUGAUGGCAUCGAUUGGGGUGCAGUAG